AUGGUUGCCGCUGAUGCGAUUUUCGACCAGUUGACCUCGGGAGAGGCGCUGACGAAAGCCUCGAGUAGCAAGGUCCGAGUAAAGCUCUGCGGGUUUCUUGAAAAGUGCUCCAAGUCAGAGUCGCAGACCGUCAAGGACUGGGCACUCUCAGACGGCCUUUACAUGAGGCUGUUCGAUCUGUACCUUGAAUGGAACGAGUCCGACGCGGAGAGGUCGCUGAGGCUUGUUCUAGACCUUCUCGUGGAUCUCAUGAUCCGUGGGCAGAGCCACAAGGAGCCACCUUGCGUAAGGCUAACGGUUUUAGACACCCUAGUUUCCAUCAUGGCGAGGCAAUCGACCAAGCCAUUGGCCAAGUCCGCCAUCAUGGUCCUCGAUCGCUUUCUAACAAAGUCCGUGGUGACUUUAGAGGAGGUCGCAAAUAGCUAUAAAGCGCAGAAGAAGUCCGAAUUACAUAUCUCCGACCUUGCCUUUUGGAAAGACUAUCUCUCCGAGGUAUUUGUCUGGAUGGAGACGCAGUUCGUGUGUCCCGUAGCUGGAAAAUUCAUCGCGACGGUGCACCGGUUGCUGUCAGUCGAAUCCGAGAGGGGGUUCCUUACUAGAUCCCCAUUCACUGUGGGGGCUUGGCAUGAAUGGUUGCUCGAAUUUUUGGCUGCUGAACCGUCCUUAUUAGACGGUGUCAAGAACUACAUCUUUGUCCCGCUCUUCAAGUCGGACAAGAACUCCUCCGUCCAGUUGUUGCAGAGAAUGAACCGCUUGGACAAGGGCAUCCUCAACCCGGAAACCGAUCUGGAUAUCCCUGCUACUCUCCAGCUUGCCUCGCUUGAGGUGGGAAAGCGGGUAGGUUUAGUUGAGGAGCCAGUGUAUGGCCAAACCCAGACCAAGGGCCAGACCGACCAGGUCGUUCUCCAGGAAGACCUCCUCAAGCUUGUACUGGUCCAUCCUUCGUAUAGUGUCCGUACUCACGCGCUGUCGUUAAUCGUCUCCUCAUCAUCCACCACCCGGCCCUACUCCCCCACAGCUCUCGCACUCCUACAACAGCACUUGGGCAUGUAUUUCGCAGACUCGGAAGCCCGUUUCCGAAACGAGUUUCUCGCUAAGCUGAGAGACAUGUAUAAGCGUGUCCGCGGUGGCAUCUUUGUACUCCGCCGGAGCCUUGCUCGGGCGCGCGCAGCUCUCCACAAGGCGGACGCCGCUCAGUCUCGGAAGCCUGCGCUGUACCAUACUAAUAUCAUCUCGCACCCUGAACCGGAACUCGCCGCCGCUUUAAAGCUUCACGAGGACUUCCUCCAAUGGUACAUUCGCUUCUUGAGGGCCGAGCUCGUCCCGACUGCCUCUUACCAACGACAUGUCACGUCCCUCAAGGCCAUUAUUAAAAUCAUCCAGCUCGAGGCAGUCCCUGUCAAGACGUGGGAAACGACAGACGACGGCACGAUACUUUUUAGUAUCUUUGAUUCAACGUGGUCUCGCGCUCUCCUCGACCUACUCAUGGAUCCUUUUGACGACCUCCCUUCUCCCCAAGGCGUCUCGCCUUCGGAAUCGCUGGCCCAAUUCCUGGCGAGGGCCAACCAGCUUGCGAACCAAACUGGCCGGGCGGACCAUGCUAACGGUGUUGCCCGGGCUUACGAACUCCUUCAUAGAUUCUCUCCGGACCAGGACGCAAAACAUGCGCUUUUGGAAGAACUCAUCGCGGCGCUUAUGAAGAGGAUAGCCGCCGCGGAGGACAACUUGGGUCUCGCCCAAACGUACGAACCUGAGGAGCUAGCCGGCCUUGACCGCCUCUAUGGGGACAUGUUUGAGUGCUGCCAACGUGUUUGGAAUGUCGUGCGGGACGUUCUCUGCGACGAUUCCCCGAGGGCCAUCUGCCUGACGAUCUGGACGAAAUGGAGGGGCGCCAAGAACUAUGGCGGCAAGGAGUGUCUCUGCCCCUCCACCCGCGUCUUUUCGGCCAUAGGAAACCUUUCGUUCCAACAGCUGGCGACUUUGAGGCAUCGUGGCGCCUUGACAACCGUCUCCCAGACUUUCGCCAUCUGCUCUCAGACAUCACGGUUCUAUAAACAAGCGGAAGGCGAGGAGCCCAUGCUUGAGAAAUGGUACAAGGUGACUGGCAUCCCUUCCAUGGUUAUCGGCAUAUUGUCGGCAAACUACCAGAUUCCAUUGGAAGGAACCAUGGAAAAGUUGAUGGAGAUUGGGGCAACACCUGCAGCAGUGUCGGAGACGGAUGGCUCCAACUUGCCGCAGGUCCAUGCACUGAAUUCGCUCACGGGCAUCUUUAAAACAUCCUACCUAUCCCAUCAUGAACGCAAACUAGAGCGAUAUCUCCCGCUCUGCCUGCAACUUGCGGCUGAUUGUCUUCGGUCCCAAAUUUGGGCUAUUCGAAACUGCGGACUCUUGCUUCUGAGAGGUCUUAUGGACAAUCUAUUUGGAACCAGCGAGAGCAAAGCCCUGAUGGAGGCCGGCUGGGACGGCAAAGCCAACCGUCUCCAUUAUGGAAGGUAUCCCACCUUGGCACCUGUCCUCUUGAGUCUCCUCAAAAGCGGCCGGGACAUGGUGUACGAGAUUUCGACGACGGCUGCGGCGGAGGCUGUCUUCCCCGCCUUGGACAUCGUCCGUCGGGCGGGACCUCCUGCGGCCCUCCGAGACGAAUUGCAACGGUACAUUGCCGAUUAUCUCGGCAGUCCCGCUUGGCACGUCCGUGAGAUUGCAGCUAGGACGCUCUGCUCAUGUCUUCUCCAUGACGAGUGGCUCGAGUCUUUGAAGAAUCUCCUUUCCAUUGAUCCUAGGGAGGAAUAUGGGAGGGCGAAGAAUCGUCUCCACGGCGCCUUACUGACAGCCAAGUUCCUUGUUGAGAGGCUGGCAGAGGUUAUGCCGGCACAGUUGACAGGUGCCUCGGAUACCGGAUCUGCAAGCUGCCUUUUAGAGGUCUCGAAUCAGGCAUCCAAAUACGGAUUACACCUCGUUCGGGAGGGCAAGGAAGUGAUAGGGUCAUUGCUCAAGACUUUAGACCUGUCGCUUGCUACAUCGGACGUAAAGCCCACGGCAAAUAGUGACGGCGCUCUAUUUCGUCUACAACGCGCCAAACAGAGCGUCUAUGCACUUUACAACUCGGAUACCGUGGAUUCCUAUAUUGAAAAUGCUCGCCUGAUGGUGGAGAAAGACGUCAGUGCGUUAGUGGUUUCACUUGAAACCCUACCAGAGGUAUGGACUGUCGAAUACCUGCCGUUGGAAACUAUCUCAAAGGUCUUUGGUCUGUAUAUGGAUGUUUGUACAUCAGCGCAGGGUACGGAUGUUCUCGCCGUGGCGCUACGGAAUCUUACCAAUCUCUUGGUUGAUACGCGAAGCACACCCGAGAUACAACCGGGAAAGGAGCCAUUGCUGAGGUUGUGGACGAGGUUGCAAACUGUCUCCAUGAACCCAACCCUCUCGGACGAGAUUGUACGGGCUAUCGGGGCAAUUCUAGGUCGUCUAGGCUCCCUUGCGGAUGGCGCCGAGUGGGACCAGUCUGCCGCGUUACGGCAAUUUGGACUCCUCAUCGCAGAAUCGGGCGCGGAUGAGCAGCCUUUUGAUACACGAUAUGCUGCGGCGGAGGCGGCCAAAUUUGCCCUCCUAGGUUGCAAGUCAGCUAGUCCGAAUGCUGAAGAGUACUUGGCCUUCUACCAAGCUCUCUACAACGCCCUCAACGAUGACGACGAAGAGAUCCGAAACCUCGGUGCCGAAGCUCUCACAUUAGGUGCCGCCCCCACCAUCCCCAUGCAGACCGCCAACCGCCUCCUCGCUUCCUGGAAAGGCUCCCGCAGCGCUGAGCUCUCCGCUGCGGCGGCCGCCCGCAUGACCGGGCACGCGUUCCCCGUCAACGCGGCCCUCGCGGCCCUGGAGAGCUGGGCGCCCAGCUCCCAGCAGCUCGAAGCGGCACUCGAGGUCGACACCUCCCUCUUCCUCGUCGAGGAGCAGAACCUCUUCAUCGACGAGGUCCGCGAGGCCAAGCGCUGGCGGGACGUUUUUCUCCAUCUGGGCGAGCCGCACGAAGCGUCCGUGUCGGCCCUGGCGGCGUGGACGAAGCCGGGCCUCGACAUGCUCGUGGCCAUGGUGGACAGCGGGGCCGACGACGGGCCCCUGGGACAGACGUCUCGGCCCGCCGUCUUCGCGGCGUGCGCAAGGAUCUUGCUGUGCGCUGCUACCCUCGCGGAGAUUGGUGGCCACGCGGACGUGGAGGAGAGCUUGGCGAGGUUGGCGGACAAGGGCAAGGUGGCUGGGUUUUCGGGGUUGCUCCUCGAGAUGGCUGAGGUGAGGGCUUAG